UUCGUUGCAGAGCCAAGGAGGAACCCCAGGCGUUGUCGCCUUUGAGAUGCCUCUAUAACUGUCAUGUCGAGGCUGGCUGGUGUUGUUAUUUGGUUGGGCAGGAGUUAUCCUUGGCGUGGUGGAGGCAGUUUGCACUUUGCAGAGUCUGGAAAUCGCGAUAAAUAUCAACAAGACAGCUCAUACAUUCAUUCGCAUGCUUUGGCACACGCCAAUUGGAUCUCUAUACAAAGACUCGCCACUGCCUGAGUACUCGCAGUUCUUUGAAUAUCGAGUGGUUGACCACUCCUAAUAAGAACGUCCUUCGAUUUUUUUGGUGCAAGCCCCUCGCUUGUUUCAAGUCUAAGCGUGGGGGAUGCAACCUAACCAAUCGUUAGCCGUUGAGAGCCAGAUCGCUGGCACUUGAGAAUCUCGCAUACAGAGCUGCCAACCAUUCAUGAAUCGUGUCAUGCACAAUGUGGAUAGCGCACUGGGAG